AUGAGUACAAGAGCACCUUCUAGAUCAUAUGAUAUGAUCAUGAAGCUUUUGCUUGUUGGAGAUUCUGGUGUUGGUAAGUCAUGUUUAUUGUUAAGGUUUGUUGAAGAUAAAUUUAAUACUUCAUUCAUUACGACUAUUGGGAUUGACUUUAAAAUUAGAACCAUCGAAAGCAAUGGUAAGAAAAUCAAAUUACAAGUUUGGGAUACUGCUGGUCAAGAACGGUUCCGGACAAUUACUACUGCUUACUAUCGUGGGGCUAUGGGGAUCAUUUUAGUUUAUGAUGUUACCGAUUCCCGGACUUUUGAAAAUGUAGAAACUUGGUUUCAAACGGUUACCCAAUAUGCUAAUGAUGAUGCUCAAAUCUUUUUAGUUGGGAAUAAAUGUGAUGAUGAGGAAGGUAGACAAGUUUCUUCUGAACAAGGACGUGCUUUAGCUGAGAAAUUGGGUAUUUUAUUCACUGAAGCUUCAGCAAAGACAAAUGAAAAUGUUGAUACCAUUUUCUAUGAAUUGGCUUCACUUAUUCAAGAGAAACAACCAGAAUAUUCCACUGCCAACGAUCAAUCUGGCGGUGCUGGAGGUGUUGAUGUAUCUAAACGUGUUUCGGGACUUACCAAUAAUUGUUGUUAA